AUGGGCCAAAUGAGCAGGCAGCGGCCCUGCACUGUGCACAUCCUACGCUUCUGUCCGUCACACCCUGCGGGCUGCAGCAUCUUAGCUGAGGAGCUUAGCAGGAAUACUGAGAGGGCCUCGAAGGAAGGGAAGCUGCAGGAAGUGGUGUCUGUGGUCCGGAACGCUGUGAGGACAUUCUCCCUAACACCGGUGAGCAUCGCUGUGACCCGAGACUCGGGCAAUGGUAUGUCAUCCUUCAUCAAUGCGCUCCGAGUCACUGGACAUGAGGAAGAGGCUUCAGCUCCCCCUGGGGUAGUGAGGACCACCCAGACACGCGCCUGCUACUCUUCUCCCCGCUUUCCCAGUGUGGUAUUGGGGGACCUGCCUGGCAUGGGGGCUACAGCCCAGAGCACGGAGAACUAUCUGGAAGAGAUGCAGUUCAGCACAUAGGACUUAUUCAUCAUCAUUGCAUCUGAACAGUUCAGAUCUAAUCAUGUGAAGCUUGCCAGAACCUUCCAGAAGAGGGGAAAGAAGUUCUAUGCUGUCUGGACCAAGCUGGACCGAGACCUCAGCCGAAGUGUCCUGUCAGGGGUCCGGCUUCUCCAGAACAUCCAAAGGAAUAUUCAGGAAAAUCUCCAGACGGCGAGCGUGCAGGAGCCCCCCAUAUUCCUGGUAUCCAGCCUUGACCCUUUAUCACAUGACUUCCCAAAACUUAGGGACACACUGCAAAAAGACCUUGCCAACAUCAGGUGCUGUGGUCCCUUAGAGACCCUCUCCUACACCUGUGAGAAGCUCAUUGAUGAAAAAGUGAUCUCACAGAUGGGGAGGAUGGCCAGUGGGUAUUUGCACAAUAUGCUUGACAUCAGGGAUGCCAAUGAGCUCAGGGGGUGUCUGCAAGCCUGCCGUGUGGACGCUGAGUCACUUCAGCAUGUGGCUCAGAGCACGGGGGCACUGGUAAUGCAGUACAGGGCCAUCAUGAAGUGUCAGGACCUUCACACACUCCACACAGGGGACUGGAGACUGACAUUUAUGACUUACUCAGCCAUGAACUUACUCUUCAGGCUUCUUGGGCAUUUCCCAUGCCUGGGUCAUCAGGUCAUCCACUACUUCAGAGGCAUGAAACACAGGCGCAUCCUUGUAUUAGUUGCCCAGGACACCAAGGCCAUCCUGAGGAAAAUUCUGAAAGAUUCCAUCCUCUCUCCCUGA